CGUCGGGGCCGAGCCGCAGCCGAGCGGCCGUGGGCCCGGGCGGCGGGCGGAGACGCGGGCGCCCUCCCUGCUACGGCCCGCGUGAGGUGAAUUGCUGGGAGCUAUCCACUAUUCUUUCCUUACUGUCUCCCCAAAUUAUGCUUGAUAAGUACAGUUCUUACACUUUACCUGGAUGGAUGAGGCAUUCAUUACAUCUGAGCUAGAGAUCAGACUUGUUUCUUAUAUGUGAUGCCAUUCCAGCACUGGACUCAUGGAGGCUGAACAUUUAUUCAGAAUGUCUUCUCUGGAUUGACUUGGGAGCAAUUUUGCCAGGGCACGGGAAAAGACAGUGUGAACUUUCAAGGAGUCCAUAGGGGCUACUGUAUUAUAUCGAAGAAGAUGUCUAACAGUAACACUACUCAAGAGACCCUGGAAAUAAUGAAAGAAUCAGAAAAAAAACUGGUGGAAGAAUCUGUAAACAAAAACAAGUUUGUAUCUAAGACUCCAAGUAAGGAAGAAACUGAGAAAGAGAGUGAAGAUACUAGUUUGCGUCAGGAGACACAGGAUUAUGAGUCCCUUUUGGACAAGAGGCGGACAUCCAGCCAUGGUCAUGCCAGGAAAAGAGCCAAGUCUAAUUCCAAGCUGAAGUUGGUGCGCAGCCUGGCAGUGUGUGAGGAGUCCUCUGUCCCUUUUGCUGAUGGGCCACUGGAAACCCAGGAUAUAAUUCAGUUGCACAUCAGCUGCCCCUCUGACAAAGAGGAAGAAAAAUCCACAAAAGAUGUCUCUGAAAAGGAAGACAAGGAGAAAAACAAAGAAAAGGUCCCAAGGAAGAUGCUUUCUAGAGACUCCAGCCAAGAAUAUACGGACUCCACUGGAAUAGACCUACAUGAAUUUCUUGUAAAUACACUGAAAAAGAACCCAAGGGACAGAAUGAUGCUGCUAAAAUUAGAACAGGAGAUUCUGGAAUUUAUUAAUGACAACAAUAACCAGUUCAAGAAGUUCCCUCAGAUGACCUCAUAUCACCGGAUGCUAUUACACCGGGUAGCUGCCUAUUUUGGGAUGGACCACAAUGUUGAUCAAACUGGAAAAGCUGUCAUCAUCAACAAAACCAGUAACACAAGAAUCCCUGAACAGAGAUUCUCAGAACAUAUAAAGGAUGAGAAGAAUACAGAAUUUCAACAGAGAUUCAUUCUCAAGAGAGAUGAUGCCAGUAUGGACCGAGAUGAUAACCAGAUCAGAGUUCCAUUGCAGGAUGGAAGGAGGAGCAAGUCAAUAGAAGAGAGAGAGGAGGAAUAUCAAAGGGUCCGAGAGAGAAUAUUUGCCCGAGAGACUGGCCAGAACGGAUAUCUAAAUGACAUCAGACUCUCCAAAGAAGCCUUUUCUUCUAGCUCUCACAAGAGAAGGCAGAUUUUUAGGGGGAACCGUGAGGGGCUGAGCCGAACCUCAAGCAGCCGCCAAAGCAGCACAGACAGCGAACUCAAAUCCCUGGAGCCACGGCCUUGGAGCAGCACAGACUCUGACGGCUCUGUCCGGAGCAUGCGGCCCCCUGUCACCAAAGCCAGCAGCUUCAGUGGAAUCUCUAUCCUCACCCGAGGGGACAGCAUCGGGAGCAGUAAAGGUGGCAGUGCAGGAAGGAUCUCCAGGCCAGGUUUGGCGCUAGGUGCCCCAGAAGUGUGCAACCAGGUCACCUCAUCCCAGUCUGUCCGGGGCCUUCUCCCUUGUACUGCCCAGCAGCAGCCGCCACAGCCACAGCCGCAGCAACUUCCUGCGCUCCCACCCACGCCUCAGCAACAGCCACCCUUGAAUAAUCACAUGAUCUCACAGCCAGUCCCAGCUCUGCAGCCCUCUCCGCAGCCUGUUCAGUUCUCUCCAGGCUCCUGUCCCCAAGUCCUUCUGCCAGUCUCUCCGCCCCAGCAGUACAACAUGGCAGAUGACCUCAGCAACCCCUUUGGACAAAUGAGCCUUAGCCGUCAAGGUUCUACUGAAGCAGCUGACCCAUCCUCAGCUCUGUUCCAGCCCCAGCUUAUCUCCCAGCACCCUCAGCAGACUAGCUUCAUCAUGGCUUCUACAGGACAGCCCCUCCCCACAUCCAACUAUUCCCCCUCUAGCCAUGCGCCUCCUACUCAGCAAGUCCUGCCGCCCCAGGGCUACAUGCAGCCCCCUCAACAGAUCCAGGUUUCUUACUAUCCCCCUGGACAGUAUCCUAACUCCAACCAGCAAUAUCGACCUCUCUCUCACCCGGUGGCCUACAGCCCCCAACGUGGUCAACAGCUGCCUCAGCCAUCCCAGCAGCCUGGUUUACAGCCCAUGAUGCCUAACCAGCAGCAGGCGGCUUACCAAGGCAUGAUUGGGGUCCAGCAGCCACAGAACCAGGGCCUGCUCAGCAACCAGAGGAGCAGCAUGGGGGGCCAGAUGCAAGGCCUGGUGGUUCAGUACACUCCACUGCCUUCUUACCAAGUCCCAGUGGGUAAUGACUCGCAGAAUGUGGUCCAGCCGCCUUUCCAGCAGCCCAUGCUGGUCCCUGCGAGCCAAUCUGUGCAAGGGGCACUCCCAGCAGGGGGCGUACCAGUGUACUACAGCAUGAUCCCACCGGCUCAGCAGAACGGUACUAGCCCUUCUGUAGGGUUUCUGCAGCCUCCCGGCUCUGAGCAGUACCAGAUGCCUCAGUCUCCCUCUCCCUGCAGUCCACCACAGAUGCCACAGCAGUACUCAGGAGUGUCACCUUCUGGACCAGGCGUGGUGGUCAUGCAGCUGAACGUCCCUAAUGGACCCCAGCCCCCCCAGAACCCAUCCAUGGUCCAGUGGAGUCACUGUAAAUAUUACAGCAUGGACCAGCGUGGGCAGAAGCCUGGAGACCUGUACAAUCCUGACAGCAGCCCCCAGGCCAACACACAAAUGAGCAGCAGCCCUGUCACAUCUCCUACCCAGUCUCCAGCACCCUCUCCUGUCACCAGCCUCAGCAAUGUCUGCACAGGACUCAGUCCCCUUCCUGUCCUCACACAGUUCCCCCGGCCUGGGGGUCCAGCACAGGGUGAUGGGCGCUACUCCCUCUUGGGCCAGCCAUUACAGUACAAUCUGUCCAUCUGCCCUCCCUUGCUCCAUGGCCAGUCGACGUACACGGUACAUCAGGGACAGAGUGGAUUGAAGCAUGGAAACCGGAGCAAGAGACAAGCACUCAAAUCUGCCUCCACUGACCUGGGGACAACAGACGUUGUCCUGGGCCGGGUGCUGGAGGUGACAGAUCUCCCUGAGGGCAUCACUCGGACUGAGGCGGACAAACUCUUCACUCAGCUUGCCAUGUCUGGCGCCAAGAUCCAGUGGCUCAAGGAUGCUCAGGGGCUGCCUGGCGGGGGCGGGGGGGACAACGGUGGGACUGCUGAGAAUGGCCGCCACGCGGACCUCGCUGCCUUGUACACCAUCGUGGCUGUGUUUCCCAGCCCCCUGGCUGCCCAGAAUGCCUCCCUUCGCCUCAACAACUCCGUGAGUCGCUUCAAACUUCGAGUGGCCAAAAAGAACUAUGACCUGAGGAUCCUGGAGCGAGCCAGCUCCCAAUAAACGGAGGAGGGGAAGGGACCGGCACAGUAGGGGUGGGGGCAGGGCGGAGGGGGUCGAGGGAUCCUGACAGACUACGGACAGAGGCAGAAAGAAAGGUGACAGACACUGAACUGGAGCCUAAGACAGUGGGGAUGAAGAUGGAAACAGACACUCACACUGGCACUGGACUCCUCGCUCCCCUGCCAUGGAUCCCUUCUUUUUCCCUGGUUGGCCCCCCUUGCUGCCCUCUCCUUCCCAUCCUCUUCUGUCAUUUUUUAUCUCUUCUCCCACCAUGAAAUUAAUUUUUUUCAUAUUUUUUGGUCAGGUAGAAUUGGGAGGGUCCCAUGCUCCCCUAUUCGAUCUCCUCUACCAUCCCAAGCUCCCUUUUCAUUUCUGGUCUUUAUGAAUAUAUUUAUAUGGACAGAAUUAAGAAAAGCAAAAUUGAUUUCCCCUUUCUCUCACUUCCCCCAUCUUGUCUCCCC